ACGUUAACGUUUCGAGCUACAAAAGUAUUUUCUAGUUUGGAGUCCUGUAACGCGUCCACACACUUUUAAAGGUAGUUACCACACAGACAUGGCUGCCCAGUGUGUUACCAAGGUGGAGCUGACUGUGUCCUGUGAGAAUCUUCUGGACAAAGACAUCGGCUCAAAGUCCGACCCUCUGUGUGUCCUGUUAAUGAGCAGCUCUGAUUCCCAGUGGUACGAGGUCGGGCGCACUGAGAAAGUCCAGAAUUGCCUCUCCCCGAAGUUUGCAACAAAGUUUGUCGUCGACUACUUCUUUGAAAUAGUGCAGAAACUGAAGUUUGGGAUUUAUGACAUCGACAACAAAACCAUUGACCUGAGUGACGAUGACUUCCUGGGGCAACUGGAGUGCACCUUGGGCCAGGUUGUGUCCAGUAAAAAGCUGACCCGGCCACUUGUCUUGAAGAACAAUUCCCCUGCAGGAAAAGGGACCAUCAUAAUCAGUGCAGAAGAAAUAAAAGAUAACAGAGUGGCAAAUUUUGAAGUUGAAGCAAGGAAACUAGAUAACAAGGAUUUCUUUGGGAAGUCCGACCCUUACCUGGAAUUCUACAAGCAGACAGCGACUGGAUGGCAGCUGGCUCACAGGACCGAGGUGGUGAACAACAACUUGAAUCCAACAUGGAAACCCUUUCGAAUCCCCCUGCAGUCUCUCUGUGGCGGAGACAUGGACAAACCUAUAAAAGUUGAGUGUUAUGAUUACGACAACGAUGGCUCACAUGAUCUUAUUGGAUCCUUUGAGACAACAAUGACACGCUUCCAACAAGCAUCACGAACCUCCCCGGCGGAGUUUGAAUGCAUCAACAGUAAAAAGAAACAGAAGAAGAAAGGCUACAAGAACUCUGGGGUUGUGAGCGUGAAGCAAUGCCAGGUGGUGAAGGAGUAUACCUUCCUGGAUUAUAUUAUGGGAGGCUGUCAAAUCAACUUCACUGUGGCUGUUGACUUCACAGGCUCCAACGGGGAUCCCAAGUCUCCUCAGUCCCUGCAUUACAUAAGUCCUCAGGGCGUUAACGAAUACCUCUCAGCUAUCUGGUCUGUUGGCAAUGUCAUCCAGGACUAUGACAGUGACAAGAUGUUUCCCGCCUUUGGCUUCGGAGCCCAGGUCCCUCCCACAUGGCAGGUUUCCCAUGAGUUUCCCCUGAAUUUCAACCCAGCAAAUCCAUUUUGUGCAGGCAUUGCAGGUGUGGUGGAGGCCUACAGGGUGUGUCUGCCCCAGGUCAAACUCUACGGUCCUACCAACUUCUCCCCUAUCAUUAACCACGUGGCCUGCUUUGCUAAGCAAGCCCUUCAGCAGACCACUGCAUCGCAAUACUUUGUCCUGCUGAUCAUCACCGACGGCGUGAUCACCGACAUGGAUGACACGCGCAGCGCCAUCGUCAACGCCUCUCGGCUCCCCAUGUCCAUCAUCAUUAUUGGAGUUGGGGGGGCGGACUUCAGUGCCAUGGAGUUCCUGGAUGGAGACAAUGGACGCCUGCGCUCCCAGACUGGCGAGAGUGCCAUGCGAGACAUUGUCCAGUUCGUGCCGUUCAGGCAGUUCCAAAACGCGCCCAGCCAGGCUCUUGCCCAAAGCGUAUUGGCCGAGUUACCUCAGCAAGUGGCCUCCUUCUUCAGUUUAUUCAAACUGAAGCCCCCCCGUGAUCCCAAUUCUUCAUAGGGGGUCCUCGAGAAGCACUGGCAAAGAGUGUGCUGGCAGAAGUCCCGGGUCAGCUGGUGGACUUUUGCUCUACAAUGAAGCUGAGUCCACCCACAUCCAUUCCUGCACCAAGCCCUGCACCAAACCCUGCACCAAGCCCUGCACCAAACCCUGCACCAAACCCUGCACCAAACCCUGCACCAAACCCUGCGGGGACCAUCUGAUACUACAAGGAUGAUCCAGACAUA